AUGGAGGCGCUGCUGUCGCAGGUGGCGCAGCUGCCGGCGCUGCUCGCCGUGUGCCGCUCGCCGCUCGUGCGCGCCUGGGACGCGGCCACGCUGAGCCGAGCGCUGGAGUGGGCCGCCUUCUUCCAGCACCUGCACGGCCGCUUCCGCGACCGGCCGCGUCUCCGGGCCGCGCUGGGCCGGCGCCUGCGGCAGGGCCGCGGUCCUGCGCUCGCCUUCCGCCACCUGGGCCGCUGCCCGGCGCUGUUGGCGCUGGCGCUGCUGGAGAACCGCUCUCUGCCGCCCGCCGCCUGCCGCCGCCUCCUGCAGAGCGUGCUGAGCCCCGGCGCCGCCGCCGAGCCCCCCGGGCUGGCGCUGCUCGCCCGGCGCAAGGCUGCCGCCCGCCUGCUGCCGCCCGCCGCGCCGCAGCCGCGCGUGCGGGCCGAGGCGCAGGCGCUGCUGGCGCRGCUGCGGGAGGAGCGGCAGGACGAGGAGGCGGCCGCGGAGCUGCUGCCCUGGCUGGCCGCGCUCCUCGAGCAGCUCCCGCAGCCCCGCGCCCUGCAGGUGGUGGCGGCGGCGCUGUUGGCCGGCGAGGAGGCCUGGGGCGACGAGGAAGGGCCGAGGGGCGGAGGGGAAGGCGGGCAGGCGGCCGCGCCACUCCUUGCCUGGUUGCUGCAGAACCCCGAGCGCCUCUCUGCUUUGUGUCACCUCCUCCCAGGCUCUCUGCUCGCUGCACUGGCUGCUCGCUAUUCCCAGUUGAGCAGCUGUUACUUGGACCUGCUGGUUGCUUGGGGAAGCCRCUUGCGCUAUGACCCCUUGCAGGGCCGGUGGGCAAGUAGCUGCUUGGAGCAGGCUGAGUUGUCCUGGGAGGAGCUGAGGGAGCGUUUUGACUGUCUUUGCCGGGCACCAGCACCGCUCGGGGGACAAACCCGCACUGCCCUGGAGCUCCUGAAGGCGCAGGAUGGAGACUUUGAUGUCCCCGGCCUCAGUGUGUGGACUGACCUAUUGGUGGAGGUAGAGAAAUCCCUGAGGAAAGAAGUAGAGCAGACGUAAAGCUUUUGAAAGCCAAGAAGCCAGCUUAGCCCCUCCAUGCUUAGGAUGAAAGGCAAGGAAGAGAUCUGCACUUCACUGUGAGCUGAAGACUUGAGGCUGGCAAGACUGAGCAUGCUAUUGCUAUCUGCAUAUCAUGUCAGUUAAGGAGGCCAAGUGCUAUAUGUUACUGUGUAUGUACUCUGUAUGUAACUGUGUAAUGAAAUGAAGAAAGCACCCUUGGUUUCAAAAGCAGAAACAACUGUUUUCAUCUUGUGAUGGGAGAGUAUUGCAGGUGCUGUGCAGUGUCCUGUCUUUCUCACUGCUGUGUGCAAACCAAAUGCUAAGAGGAAGAUGGACCCUUCAGACUAGAAAARCAUAACUUGAUGAUUACUUUAGUAAUCCUGCCCUUGCUGGGUCAUCUGUAUUGGUGGGUGUUCUGCUUCUGCAUACCUUAUGUAUGAGUUUAAGUGAAAGAAAACUGAGUCUACUGAAAAGCUUUGAGAUGGGAAGGCUGUAUUAUUUAGCGUAUUGUAUGCUUAUAUGUGAGCAUGGCCUAGGAAAAACAGUAGAAAAAGUCUGCCCUGUUCAUUUCUCUUCCCUUGGUGUGCUUUUAUGGGAUGGGGGGAAAAAGUGAUGAGACAACAGACUCCAGGAGAUGCAAGAUUGGUCUUUGUUCUCUUCAUUUUUUCAUCAGCUCUUGCUCACAGCUUGAUCAAGGAACUUUCUCAUCAUUGUCCAUUAAAAUGAGUGUUAUGAUAACAAGUUCAAGUGUAUUCAUAGCUGAAUUAGCCUUAUGAAAGAGCUGUGUAGAAGAGAACACCCAAUGAAGACAGGAAAAUUUAUGCCAAGGCCACAAAAAUUGUCUGUUAGUCUUGGAUGGGGAGUCUAUCCAAGAGCUCCUGUUCCUGUUGGCUUGAGAUCAUCUGACUUUUUU